GCUGGUCUCCCUGUGAGGCACGUUCAUCCUGCUCGAACAGGGAAGGGAGGAGACUUGGAAACGCUGGAGAGAAGAGAAGAAUAAACCUCAGAGCACAGACGCAGUCCGACCGGCUGCAAGUCUGAACGAGUGAUGCCAAAUGACAAAACUUUCUCCGUCGAGGAUUCUAUGUGUAUGACGAGGCUUCUCUGACCGAUGAAGACUAUGAAGGUUACUUUUUUUCGAAUCAACAGGUCACGUUCGCCGCAGAGAGGACUUUUCCGCGUGAUGCCCGAACUUUGCGCAACAGGUUCUGUUGAAUAAAAUCCCCGGUCUCUGGGAUCUAUGUAGGAGGAAGAAGCAUGCUGUCCGCGUUUUGGUCCUUUGGCACCGGGAAGGAGAUCACCUCAUGGGAUGUAGCGGAUGCAGAGUCAGGCUCAACUUCGGAAAGGCGCUGUCCAGAGUCUCCGUGUUUUUUACCAUGGUCCUGAUCUUCACCUACUUCUUCUACUGCCUCACCGGCGUCUGCGAUUCGGCUCCCAGGACGCUCCACGGCCAGCAGCAGCUUUUACACACAGACUAUGACGCUUUGGACGACCUCGGGCGCGUGUUUCACAAGCUGCGAGCGCCGCCGCGUCUCUUCCGCGCCGCGUCCGCGUCCGCGUCCGCUCCCUCGAACGCGAACCGCACAUCCUCCGCGCACGCGGAGCAGGUGGGCGCGGACGAGAGCGACGCCAUCCCGGUGUCCAACACGUUCGGGACCAAGAGGUUCCCGCAGGCGAUUAUAAUCGGCGUGAAGAAAGGAGGGACCCGCGCGCUGCUGGAGUUUCUCCGCAUCCACCCGGACGUGAGGGCGGUGGGCGCGGAGCCGCACUUCUUCGACAGGUUUUACGAUAAAGGCCUGGAGUGGUACAGGGACCUGAUGCCUCGAACGCUGGACGGUCAAAUCACCAUGGAGAAGACGCCCAGCUACUUCGUCACCAAGGAGGCUCCGGGUCGCGUCUGCACCAUGAACCGCCAAACCAAGCUGAUCGUGGUGGUCCGGGACCCGGUGACCCGCGCUGUGUCUGACUACACCCAGACGCUGUCCAAGAACCCGGGCCUCCCCUCCUUCCAGAGCUUGGCCUUGAAAAACUCCUCCGCGGGUCCGAUCGACACCGCGUGGAGCGCCGUGCGCAUCGGCCUCUACGCCAAACAUCUGGAGAACUGGCUCCAGUUCUUCCCCCUGUCCCAUUUUCUGUUCGUCAGCGGUGAGCGCCUGGUGUCUGACCCGGCCGGGGAGAUGGGCCGCGUUCAGGACUUCCUUGGCCUGAAACGGGUUGUCUCAGACAAACACUUCUACUUCAACCAGACCAAAGGUUUCCCGUGCCUGAAGAAGCCCGAGGGGAGCAGCCGGCCUCGGUGCCUGGGCAAAUCUAAGGGCAGACCCCACCCCCUGAUCCCCACAGAGGUCCUGCACAGACUCAGAGACUUCUACAGGCCUUUUAACCAGCGCUUCUACCAGAUGAGCGGGCAGGACUUUGGCUGGGACUAACGAAGGCCCGGAUACGAGACACACCCGACGCUUAACGCUGCACAGAGCUAACAUUCUCAGGGACGGUGUAGAAAAAUGCAAAGUUCAGACGCUGCCACGCGCUCGGAGCGCGGAAUCAACGAUGCGGAUGCGGCGGCAAAUAUGCAAAUCACAGUUCACGGCUCAAUAAUGAAGCGCGAAUCGGGUCUUUUACUUGUACAGACAAAGGUGAAAGCGGUACCAAAGGAAAACCAACAUCACGUUUUAACUUCCUUUAUGUUUGCUUAUGGAAUAAGCUAAUAUUUAUAGUAUUUUUUAUUUGAAAUAAAACAGUUACAGAUUCUUUUUUAUGAAAUCAACAUAUUUAUUACAAGACAUAAAACUGGCAUUGACUGACAGGACAUUAGUAAAAAUGUCAAACAUGAUAAACCUCUAGCUCUCGUACUCCAUCUAUAAAGUCUCUGUUCAUCACUGUUUCAAUGCAUGUGAAAUGGUUGGUUUGAUGUCACAGAACAUGGUCCCGCCCCUCACAGUUAACACCAAUAAUACCUCAUCUGUAAAUAUUAAACGUGUACCGGUGAUUAAACCAUUUGAAGCCACACCACUGAUUCAGAUGCAUUGGACAGCAGCAACUAUACAUUACUUUAUAUUGUGGUUAACUCUGGGGCCAUGUCAACCGCAUAUGUACACAAAGCACAGUCGUGUGAAUAAAAGUCAACUCAUUUCA